ACAGGACACAGAGGAGAGGAAGAAUUGAAUUGAAUCAAAUCUGAUCUGGGUGCUUCCUUAGACCAAAGACAACCGCAGCCAUGGUCAACACAGGUAUGCAGCUGAUCAGCUUCACAUGUGCGGUGACAGGCUGGAUCAUGGCCAUCGCUGUGACGGCGUUGCCCCAGUGGAAGGUCUCGGCCUUCAUUGGCAGCAACAUUCUGACAUCCGAGAUCAAGUGGGAGGGCAUCUGGAUGAACUGCAUCUACCAGACCACGGGCCACAUGCAGUGUAAGACCUACGACUCCAUGCUGGCCCUGCCUCCAGACAUCCAGGCCGCGCGCGCCCUGAUGUGCGUGGCCAUCUUCCUCGGUUGGCUGUCCUGUACCGUGUCCUGCUGUGGCAUGAAGUGCACCACCUGCGCAGGUGACGACCGUCGCGCCAAGGCGGGCAUCGCGCUAUCUGGCGGAGUCCUGUUCAUCGUCACAGGCCUGUGUGUCCUAGUGCCCGUCUCCUGGACUGCCAACACGGUGGUCCAGGACUUUUACAACCCCAACGUGCCCACUAUGCACAAGCGAGAGCUUGGCCAGGCCAUCUACCUGGGCUGGGCAUCGGCGGUAAUCCUUAUGAUCAGCGGGGCGGUGCUGAGCAGCACCUGCCCCCACAUGGAGAGGGGAGCGGGGGGGUACCACCGGGGGUAUAUGGGCCGGAGCUUUGCUAACUCACGGCCCUCGGCGCCGGAGCCUCCUAAGCCCAUCUCCUCAAACAGCCUUCCCCUGAAGGAGUAUGUGUAGACUGCUGAGUGUGGGCGAUUUGGCGGGAAUGUUACACACGGCAAAGAUGGGGUGACUCAUGAAAAAGACUUGUAU